AGAGAGAGAGAGAGGCGGGUGCUUGCGUUUGUGUGUGUGGGAUAUUUAAAAAUACCCAUGAUGUAUACAUGUGAUGCAAUUAAGCCACAGAAAUGCACAGAGAACGGCUUACAUAAUUAUAUGCCAAUGUCACAUGAUUUCAUUCAGUUCAGCAAAACUAUAGUAAAGGUCGUGUAUUCAUAGCGUCGAUUCGGUUGCAAGGGAUAUAAAUUCGCAAGCAAAAAUGGCCACCAUGGACGAGAGCGAGAAGCUAAUUGAAUGUCAUUCUGAACAGGGGGUUACGUCAGCAGCCGGCUACCCGGUAUAUUCUGGCUACCCUCCACAACAGACCUAUGUCAUGCCUGAAGCCCCGCCUACCUAUCAACAAUCCUUUGAUACCCCACAAACGAUCGUGGUACCUACUGCUCCUCCACAAACCUCGGGGAUGAUUAGACAGGCCCCAUCACAGCCCGUUAGAGAUUACACUGUGUUCGCUGUGAUCGUCACCCUGUGUUUUUGUUUACCCUUCGGCCUUGUGGGAAUCGUCAAAGCAUGUGAGGCCAGAAGUCAACAAAACUCAGGAGAUGUAGAGGGCGCUAGACAAGCUGCUAAGAGUGCUUACAACUGGUCCUUGACCGGUUUGAUUUUUGGGGUUGUGGUUAUGCUAGCUGUCAUCAUCUACUAUGCCGUCGUCCUCCUAAUAUGAAUACAUCGACUUUUCAUAAAGAAGCAUAACUAACCAUAAUAUAUAUAUCUGAAGAUGAACUUACAUGUAGUUUAAUCAACUUGUUUGUUUUCGUCCGCGCAUAGGUUACUUUUAAAGGAAUACGACAAGGGCCUGAUAUACACUCUCAUCUUUUAGAGUUAGUUCAAAUAAAUCUAUUCGCCCACGCAAAUAUAUACAUUUUGAGUAAAUCAACCUUGCCCAUUGUACAGGAUUCUUUGACUUACGGAAAAGCCAUGAACGCCGGUAAACGUUGAUAAAGAAUAGUCAGAUUAAUACAAUGUUAUCAAAAUGUUGAUGCAGUUUUAGAUAACUAAUUCUUAUUUUUAAAGGUAAUACAAAGUUUUGGUAUGGGG